AUGCUGCCGCCCAGUGAUCUUCAUGAAGUCGCCUCCACCGCUACCGUAGCAGCAGCAGAUUCAGCUGGGAAUGCUGUUCGUGGUGGUGGUGAGAUGAUUGGCAGCAAUGGGGUGGUUGAUGAUUUGGCCUACACGAUUCCGUAUGGUUCGGACUGGUGGGGGCUGAACGACCGGUUUGGGAUGGGAGGCAGGCGGGCGAGUGAGGCAGCGUUGAAGCGGCUGAGUGUGCUGCAGCUGCUGGCAAGGCGGAAGAUGAGGGACCUCAACUCAGAGCGAGCCUUCAAGGCCCAGCUAUCCCUGGCGGGCAUCACGGUGCAACGAGCCAGCCUGCCUUUCUGUGUGCUCUCCCAACGCACCUACCGCGACGGCUGUGCCCCUAUCGUCUACUCCAUCAACUCCUCCGUGCCGCUAAAUGGUGCCAAAUGCCGCCCCUGCAGCCACCCGUGUGCAGCUGGCGAACAGGCACGAGCUCUCCUCUCCCAUAUUGCCCCAACAGCCCCCAAUUGGCCGGGGCCAGAAGCAUCGAAGGGCGAGGUGGGGGUGUGUGAUGCGGCGAGGGGGUGGGAGAAGGGGUGGGACGGGGAGUUUGAUGCGGUUAUGGGGGUGGAAUUGGCGGAGGGGCGGAGGCAGGUGGUGCGGGAGGCGAUGGGGAGCAUUGACGAGUGUGUGAAGGCGUGGGAAGAGGUGAGAAUGGGGGAGGCGAUGGGGAGCAUUGAAGAGUGUGAGCAGGCAUGGGAUGAGUUCCGAGCCCUCACUAUCUCCUGGGAUGCACCAUCACCCCAAGCGGUCUGUGUGCGAGCGCGCAUGGGGGGCAGCACGUGGGUGGGGGGAGGGCCGCGGGCAGACGGGAGAUUCGCCACCUUCCUCUCGCUGCUCUCCGCGUCAAGGUGGGUGCCAGCUAGUCUAGUUUUGAGGCGCCUCAAAACUAGGCAUGGGGGGCAGCACGUGGGUGGGGGGAGGGCCGCGGGCACACGGGAGCUCCGCCACCUUUCUCUCGCUGCUCUCCGCCUCAAGCCAGGGAGUCAAGACAGCAAUCCGCUUCUUACAAGCCAGUUGUCACAAGCGGUGGGUGAGGGGAGUAGCAGUGGUGGAGUGAGGAGGAAGCUGCUGAGGGAUGAUACCAAGGCUCAUGGCGCUGCUCUUACUUUCCUUUCACUCCUUCGUGUGAACAGCCAGGUGCUGGUUGCCGUGGAGGGGAGUCAAGACAAGGGGAGUCAAGACAGCAAUCCGCUUCUUGCAGACCAGUUGUCACAAGCGGGGGGUGAGGGGAGUAGCAGCGGUGGAGUGAGGAGGAAGCUGCUGAGGGAUGAUACCAAGGCUCAUGGUGCUGCUGUAGCACCUGACACUGUAACACCUGACACUGUAGCGUCUGACACUGUAGCAUCUGACACUGUUGCACCUGACACUGUUACACCUGGCACUGUUGCACCUGACACUGUUGCACCUGAGACUGUUCAACCUGGCAACAUUGCACCUGGCACUCUAGCAGCUGGUACUGGCACUGUAGCACCAGCUGUGGAUGCGGGAGUGUUCAGGGCAUGGAAAGAGGACCUGGGCCGUCGGAUCAAAGGCAUCUCCAUCUCGCACCGUCCGCUCGCAUGGCUGCUAUCUGAAGCAGAGAAAGAGGGCGCUCCAAUCGACGUUCUCCUGGUGAGUGGGUGA